CUUCAACCACACAGUUCCUUGAUUUCAACACAGUAGUUAAUAAGUUAAGCAACAUCUGUGAUUAUAUAUUAUGAAAAUUCUUGUAGAAUUUAACUAAAACAACUAUUAUCAUGUAUAAAACAAAGUUCAGUUUGUUUAUAAUUAAUGGAUUACUUUGGAAUACAAUUUUCUGUUUCAAUUUUGAAGACCGAGAUCCUUUAGUUAAGAAAGCUCCAGAAGAUCAACAACAAUCUUAUUUUGGAUUCAGUGUAGCACAACAUAGCACAGAAUCUCUGACUAGUAAAGGAAAAUCAAGUGGUUUUUGGAUGUUAGUAGGUGCUCCUCUAGGAAACAAUAUACAGCCAGGUACUAAUCAUUCUGGAGCUUUGUUCAAAUGUCCUAUUUCCAAUAGGGAUGAUGACUGUGUCCAAAUAGAAACUGAUGGAAAGAGAGAGGAUUUCGAUUAUACUGAUGAAGCAGUCGAUGAUACUGACUUAAAACCUCCUGGAAAUGAUGAAAUUAAAGAUGGUCAAUGGUUGGGAGUUACUGUAAGAUCACAAAAACCAGGAGGAGUAGUGUUGGUGUGCGCACAUAGGUAUAUCAAAAGUGAAAAUCUACAAAAAUUUCACUAUGGUCAAGGUUUGUGCUAUUUAUUGGACAGAAACUUAGGUAUCACUGAAACCUUGUUAUUGUGUAAGGGAAGAAGAAUGGAAAAUCUUCAUCAACAGUUUGGGUUUUGUCAAGUGGGAACUAGUGCUUCUUUUGUGGGAGAUGAAUUUGCUCUAAUGGGUGCACCAGGGCCAUAUACUUGGAGAGGUACAUUUUUUGGACAGAAUGUUGUUGGAGAUUAUUUGACUAUGGAUAAAACUAUUUAUCAUUCACCUUUUGGAGACAUUGACAUUAUUGAAAAAUACAGUUAUUUGGGCAUGAGUGUUGGAGGAGGACAUUUCUUGAACAAAUCUGAAUACACAUACAUGGCUGGUGCACCUAGGUCAAAAAUGGUUGGCCAGGUUUACCUUUUCGAAAAGUAUGACACCUUUGAAGAAUUAAAUAUUUCCCUAAUUUUAACUGGUGAACAGUUUGCAGCUAGUUUUGGAUACGAAUUACUUGCUACGGAUGUUAAUAAUGAUGGUUAUGAUGAUUUGUUGGUAGGAGCUCCAUUCUACUAUAAUAGUGACAAAAAUGGGGGAGCAGUGUAUAUCUAUUACAGUAUUAGAGAUUGUGUUCAAGAUAAGUGCCCAUAUGAUAAAAGAUUAAUCGGAAAAGCCUACUCCCGUUUUGGAUUUGCUAUGACAUCUCUAGGAGAUAUAAAUAAAGAUGGUUAUAAUGAUGUUGCUAUAGGUGCCCCAUAUGAAGAUGAACAUGGAGCUGUCUACAUUUACCUAGGAUCACCUGAUGGUCUCAAUAGUGAACCGUCUCAGGUUAUAAGAAAGAAGCAAAUUACUACACUUGGUUAUUCUUUAAGUGGUGGUCUAGACAUGGACAACAAUGGUUAUCCAGAUUUACUAGUGGGAGCUUUUGAAUCUGAUCGAGUAUUGUUGUUUAAAACAAGACCAAUCAUUGACAUCAAAAUUACAGUAGAAGGAAAUGAAUUAGUAAAUAUAAAUGCUUCUAAUAAAGGAUGUGAGAAGCUUCCAAAUAAUAAUUACACAUGUUUUUCAUUCAAAACAUGCUUUUCUGUGGUUGGACAUAUAAAACAUAAUACUGAAUUUAAUGUUAUUUACAACAUCACUGAAGUAAAGAAAUUUGUUAAUAGAAUCUGGUUCGUAGACAAUGACUUGCCUGAUAAACGUUCACCAAUGAGAACUAAAAUUGUGCCUGUCAAUGGAGCGUCUCAAUAUUGCCAGGAAGAAACUGUCAAUAUUAAGGAAGGUGUUCAAGACAUACUUUCUCCUAUAAUGUUCAGAGUUAACUACACUCUGGAAGAUAAUGCAUUCCAUACUCCCAUUUUAAAUACCACAUCUGUUAAAGUAAUAUAUGCUUCUUUCCAAAAGGAGUGUGGUUCAGAUGACGUUUGUGAAAGUAACCUAACACUGAGAGCAGGUACUAAUCUAUCUACAGAUGAAACUGGAGCUUAUGAAGUCAAUAUGGUAAAUGAAGAUUUUGUUCUUGAAGUAAAUGUAUCUAACACAGGAGAAUCAGCAUAUGAAGCCAAAUUGUUUGUUGUGCAUCCAAAAGCAUUGAGUUAUGUUGUAUUAAAGAGUGACAGAAACAUAUCUGAUGGUAUAAAAUGUCUCUUUUCUAACGAAACUUUAGUCAUCUGUAAUAUUGGCAACCCAUUACAAAAAGAGACAAAAAUCAAUCUUAAACUCCGUUUUGAAAUAAAAGACAGCAAAGAUCAGAAAUUGGAAAUAAAAAUGUUUGUAAAUUCAACCUCUACUGAAUUGUCAAAACACACAUCUGAGACUUUGGUAGCAAUUUUGCAGAAGAUUGCUAAAUUCCAAAUGAGAGGUAAAGCUUCCUCAAAUUUGUUUUAUGGUGGAAAAGUUGUAGGAGAGUCAGCUCUUAAAUAUUUAGAAGAGAUUGGUGCCAGAGUGAUACACAAAUACCAGAUUGAUAAUAAUGGUCAAUGGGACUUAUCAAAUCUCAAGGUAUCUAUCAGAUGGCCACUACAAGUAUCUCCAGGACCCGACAGUCCCAAUAGAGCCGGAAAAUGGUUGCUUUACCUCGAAAAUAGUCCAAAACUGUAUGGUGUGGAGGACGGUUUUUGUACGGUUUUAGAUACAAUACCCAACGAACUGCAUCUUAAUACAUCGACCGUGGUACAAGACGAACCCGAAAAUUUGAGGCUGCCUGAUCCCUUUGAUGAUCUAACUACAGAAGCAGUAACCUUACAUUCCAGGAACAAACGAAGUAUCAAUUACGUGGUUCCAUAUCAAACUACCGAAAGGGGAGGAAAGCGAAGGAAAAUAGUGGUUAUGGAUUGUUUUUCUGGCAGUGCCAAAUGUAUUGAAAUUUUAUGCACGAUUAGGAAGCUUAGCAAAGGUAAUCAAGCUGAAAUAGACAUACAAUCCAGAAUAUGGAACUCCACUUUGGUAGAAGAUUACAGCAACUUGGAUUGGGUAGUAAUAAAAUCGACUGCGAUUGUCCAAUUCGAAGACAAAGCAUUCAACAUAAGUUCCGAAUCGAUUUCAGAAUUUUCCGCAGAAACAAUCGCCUAUCCUUCGAUCGUUUCGGCCGACACCGAACUCAACUGGCUCGUCAUCGGUGGCGCAGUCUUCGUAGGAUUACUGCUACUUAUCCUACUUAUAUUCGUUUUAUACAAAUGCGGGUUCUUUAAACGAAAGCGAAUUAGCGACGACCCCACGUUGUCCGGAAACCUACAGAAAAAAGGCGAAGCAGAUCAUUUGCUUAAAGAAUUGCGUUAAUUUUAUUAAUUUUGAUCGUUUUUAUUCUGGUGCUCAUGUAUCAAACUAAUUUUCAGUUUUUAAACACGAAUCGAAAUGAAGCCGAGUUUAAAACAAUAAUUUCAUAUAAAUUAUUAUAGAAACACAUUUCUGGUCAUGUUGCAACGUAUAUGGCAUAUGGAAAGCUCAGUUUCUGCACUUUUCUUAUUUUAUAGGAGACGAUGUUAAUCAGUACAAAUAUUUAUAGGUUAUCAGAAUUUUUAGCUUUUUACAAAUUCAAAUUCAAGUCAAAAGUUUGAAAAUGUUUUAUAUGAGAAAUAUGUUUGUAUCAGAAAAACACAGCACUUACCAGGGAAUAAUUUUUCUUCUUCAUGUGAAGUGCUCGAUUCUCGAGCGUUGGCUGUCAAAUUGGCUAUAGCAAUUUCGUUGACGGCAGCUCGGAAAAGGGGAUGCAGAGGAUCUGUUAAACCAUUCUCUCAGGUUUCUAAGCAUUGACGCUCUUCUUCAACCAGGCCCACUUCUUCCGUGUGCUUCGCCUUGUAUUAAUAAAUGGAGUAUAUUAUAUUUUUCUGGGUGGCGCAUAACAUGGCCAAAAUAUUCAAGUUUGCGAUUUAUAACUGUUCUGACGACUUCCACUUUUCCCAUCCGAUUCAAAACAACUUCGUUACGAACUCUAUCUGCCGAAUUUAUUCGUAGGUUUCUCCGACACACCCAGAUUUUAAAGGCUUCCAGAUUCUUGAGAAGUGUAUCCGGUAAAGUCUAACCUUCGACACCAUACAUAAGAGUAAAGAACACAUAACAUCUAACCAAUCUAAUUUUCAGACUUAACGUAGUAAGUAUUGUUUCCACAUAGCAGUUUCUUUAUCUUACAAAAUGCAGCUCUGGCCUUCUCUACGUAUUCUAAUUUAUUUGCGCAUGUCCCACUUCUCAUUUAGAUUACAACCAAGGUAGGUGAUACUGUUAGUUCUCUCUAAUUGUUCACCGUAAGUUGUUACUACUUCCGGUUGUAUUGGCGUCUUACUGACAACCAUAACCUUUGUCUUUGCGGUGUUUAGCUUGAGUCCAUAUUCAUAGCACGUUGUGGUAACUCUAUUAAUAGAUGUUGAAGAUCUUCAUAAUUGCUUGUAAACCCAGAUAUGCCUAAAACUUGCCUUAAAAUAUUUUUGAAUAUUUUUCUUCAAAUUGACGUGUUAUGUAAGGUAACAAAAACAUAUUUGUCGUUAAAACAAAAUAUUUAUGUAAAAUAAGUAAAAAAAAUGCUGUACAAAAUAUGGUACACCAUAUUAUAGGCAUAUAACCUACUAUUAGGUUUGGGCAUAGUAUAAAACAAAACAUUUGAAAUUUAUGCAUACGCUGCAUUUUGAACACCUUAUUUAUGAUAUAUUAUGGCACAAAUCAUACUGUCGAGUUCUUUUUCCUGUGGAAUCGCCAAAUGGUCUAGUCGAUUAUACCAAAUUUAGACGUUUUCAUUGGCAGAUGGACGACCUAAUCUAAAUUAUUGUCUUCUAAAUUAUAACUGAUCCAAUUUUGUAAGUAAGGGCAUCUGUCACAGCUUUUAGUCGAUUUCUAGGAUCCCUUUCACGUUGCCAAAACAUUCUCCUCUAAGGAUAGUUGACAUAACCACUCAAUAGUAGAGUUCCUAGAAAAGCUUUGGCCUCAUACUUCCGAACUUCUUGUUGAAGAUCCUUCUGUGAAGCAUAUCGAUUAGUUGCUGACGUUAUAAGCUUUAGUUAGUAUAAGUUACUUAUCAAAGAAAAGAGAAAAACAUUCAGCGGAACGCUCAGAAUCAUAUUUUGGAAGUUCCUUUUUCACCAAUACAUUGACCUUCUCUCUGCAUGUUUUCUUUUACCUAGUGAUAUGUAUUUUUUCUUUGAUCCUUUACCUGUCCUUUUAUCUCUCAACUCUGAGAAUGGAAUGUUUUAUUGAGGAUCGGCUAACAAUAUACCUUCGUCAUUAUUUUGCACAUAUAUUUCAGAACGAUGUUAUAAUUGCGAGCCAGGUAAAUUAUCCAUUGCCAUUAUAUCUGAUAGGAUGUUAUCACAUGCAUUUACUGGAGACACCAAAGCAAUACUGUCUACAAUUGCUACUAAAUUUUCAUGAUUCUCCAAUAUACUAAGCGCAUCCUCCAGUGAAAAGCCCCUAAUAAAAAUAAAUAGUAUGGUAUUUUCCUGGCGUACAAUAUUUUGUACACUAAAAUGAAAUAGCCCAACGCAUAUUGUAGAAUAAAAAUUUGAUCAAUUUCUAAAUCUAAAUAGAAAUAUAUACGUGUUCUCUGCCGGUAUGUACAAAAAUGUAUAUAUUUUCUGCAUAAAUAUAACAAAUAUUUAAUUAUUUAGCAAAUCCUUUUUCAAAUUCAGCUGUAUUAUAAAACUUAUAAACUUUAUCACAAAAUUAUCACCAGAUAUCACAAAGUGAGCAAUUCACAACUACACCUUAUGGUUGGUUAAGACUUACUGAAAGUAUUUAAGCUUUUACCAAGACAAAUAAUGUGCAUACAGUGUGUCAAUUUUAAAACUUACAAUGGCUAUAUCUCACGAACAAAAGCUGAAAACGAAAAAUGCUUGAAACCGUUU